AUGGAGCUCGGAUUAUUCUGGGUCCUCACUGAAGAGCCGCCCGCUCCUCAAGGGGAAGCCGUGCUAGACGAGGUCGAAAGAACGCGUCUUGAUGCGUUAAGGGCCCGUUGGGAGAAGGCAAAUGCCUCAGCCCUAGCACGUCUCCUGGCCGUUCUGUCAAACAGGCUCUUCGACGUCUACGUGGGAUUCGGGGAAGCAUGGAAGGUGUGGACGGAGCUGAAUGACAAGUAUGCUGAAAGCGAUAAUGGCAAUGAGUCCUUCAUGAUGGCAAGCUACCUGAACUUUCGUAUGGGAGAUAGCAGAUCAGUUAUGGAACAAAUUCAUGAGUUACAGCUGAUCGUGCGUGACUUAGGCCAAUAUGGUUGUGUCCUCCUGGAGAACUUUCAGGUUAAUUCUAUUUUGGCCAAGCUGCCUACUUCUUGGCGUGAUUUUGUCAUUGCACGUCGACACUUAAAACAGCGAUUGACUCUUAAUGUGCUCAUUACUGCUAUAAAUGUCGAAGAGAAGUCAAAGGCAGGCUAUGGUGGGGCAAAGGCGCCUGCUCAAGCUCAUCUUGUUGAGCACAAGAACCAUCCUGGGAAGAAUGUGAAGAAAGAGAAGGCCAAGCCUGGUUCCUCUGGACCGAAGACUAAUACUAUUAAGAAGAAGAAGAAGCCCGAGAUUGUCUACUACGUCUGCGGUGGGUUGGAUUAUAAGGCCAACAAAUGUCACGAUCAUAAGGGCAAGGGGCCGACGCCUGAGCAGCAGAAGGUAGCCAAAGCCCAAGUUCAUGUGGCGGUUGUAACGGCCGAUGAUACCGGCAAAGGCGACUCCACUAGUGGGGUGCAGAUGGUGGAUCCAUACUGA